CAAGAAGUGUACGAGUCGGCUCGCCACAGUCGGCGCCAACUUCGGCCAGGCCUCAGCCGUGGCAGAAUGGUACGCCGAGCAUGGCCAGUCACCGAUUUGCACGCUUCCAGUGCGAUCGCGGCGUGUAGAUUCGUUUGACCAUUGUUGCAUACUUCCUAUUUAUAACACCACUGCAUUCAUGGACCUGAGUUGCCGCGAGGACCUUGUGGGCGCGGACAAGGCGUCGUCGUCCGUGCUGGUUGUGGCGGACGAUGGUACGACGAGCGCCGACGAGCUCCAGUGCCUCCGCGCGCGCGAGCGCACGACCGCGCCCAGCGCCAUGUACUUGCUCCUCGUGCAAGCCCAAGGCGUCGUCGAGGCGUCGCGCGACCACAUCUGCUGCUGGAUCGCCGAGGUGGCCCUCGAGUUUCACUUUUCGCGCAUCACGACCGCGGUCGCCAUCAACUACCUCGACCGGUACCUCUCGCAGCACGCGUCGACGCCGCACCGGCUCCAGCUCGUGGGCCUCGUCGCGAUCCUCAUCGCGUCCAAAUUUCAUGAGAAGGACGGCAUCUCGAUGGACGAAGCCAAGGAGAUUGCGGCCAACGUCUUUACCGUCGAAGACAUUACGCGCAUGGAGGCCAAUAUGCUGUCGGCGCUCCAGUGGAAGCUGCAUGCGGUAGUGCCGGCCAUGUACAUCGACACGUUUCUGCAGGACCUCCAGCAAACGCGGCUGAUGGCGCCGACCUGCGCUGAUAUGACGGCCGUCCACCACACUGCGUACAUCCAGCUCGGCUUUUUGCCGUCCACUGUGGCGAUCGCGAUCAGCCACCUCGCGUACGACGUGCACGGGCUCUCGAAGGCGCCUUUGGAUGCGUACUUGAAGCGCAUGGACAUGGAUCCUGAGAGCAACGACGUCGCCGACUGCCAGCGCCAACUGCGCAUGCUGCUUCCCGCGCACUUAUGGAAAACGAAAAAGCGGGACCGGUCGCCGAGCCCGUCCGGCGUCGACGACGUCUUUCAUUGCAUCGAGCCCGACGACGAGGACGAAGAGUGUGUCGUACCAGAGGCAAAGCGGGCAAAGACCAGCUAGCGUUGCGUAGCCGACGACGUGCGAUGUACUACCAUGAACCUUAAAACCUUAACUUACUGAGACCUUGUCCAAUGUGACGCCGUACAGCGCUGAGUUGCGAG